UCAGCAAUCGGAAAAGGUUUGAAAAACUUGAAUGAGCAUACCCCUUUGCAUAAAUAGGUUCUUUAACCUGUCGAGUCUUCACUGUAGAUGUUAUUCGAAAACUGUUGUUUUUAAGCGGCAAAGGCAAUCGUUAUCAUCAGUGGUCGGCGUCGUCUGCCUGCCAGCCCGCCCGCUCGUCUCGAUCGAUGUGAGAUCGCUCCGCUCGUCCCUUUCUGUUGAUGUUGCUGUUUCUGCCUGCCGCAUCCGCCAGCCUUUUUUUUCCGAACACGCGAGCUCUUCACGUGAUCGCUGCUGAUUGUGGCCUGUGCCCGGUGCCCCGUUUCUAUUUCGGGCUUCCAGUUAAGUCAUAAACGCGGGCUAAUUACCCUUAACCGGAAAAGUGAUUUGAAUGUGCGCGCCAGCAGCCGCUGUGACUGCCAAACCAUCGGAUUCCAUCUGCAGUUCCCAGCGAGGAGAUGGCGCAAGCGCCAGCAUCGCAUCAAAACAAUGAGCAAAUGAGCAGGAACCAACGGCCGUUUGUAUCUGCAUCUCGCUUCCGCCCACCGCCUCAGAUGUAUCUCAAAUUGGGGGAAAACCUGAGAGCGAGCGAGAGUAUCUCGCAGUACGAGUAUCUCAAUCUCGGAAAGCAUCCAUCCAUCGGCAUCCAUCGGUUUUUGGGAUGCUGAGCGAGAGCUUCUGCUUUGGCAACGCGCACUUGGCCAAAAUAGUUGUUGGUUCGCAUGCAAAACGUUAAAAUCGCAUUAGCUGAAAGACAUUUUUAUACCAACGGCGCGUUUUUAAUUUUUUCUACACCACAACAACACAGAAAACAAAAAAAUUAAAUAUAAUAGACAACGUAGAUGGCAGAAAGUAAAACAAAAAAGCAACGAGCAAAGCUAAACUAUACUUUUAACGUUUAAAAAUUCGAUGCGUAUACAUAAGUAUAAAUAAAUAAGCGCGUGUAUAAAUGAAUACAUAUAAUAAAUGAUAUUUCAAUAAUUUUCAAACAACACAAAAGGUUCGAGCAGCGUUCUGUGAAAAAAAAGGAAUGAAAAAUCAAGAAAGAAAAGUGCUGGUGAAAAACCAAUUAACCAAGAAACAAGAAUAAGAUGUUAGGAUGUAAUCGAAAAAAGCGUGCCAAGCCGUCCUCUUUACAAAGAAUCAACCCUCAGCUAAAGUAAACUACGACUUUUUAAAGUUAUAAACCUUGAAAAGGACAAAAACGAAACGUUGGUAGAAUAGCAGAACAAGGAGUGACUUGUGUGUGUUUGUUGUGUACAUAAAGACGGAAAGUAUGUGAAAUCGAGGUGCUAAAAUGGCCGCCCUCUUGCCUCUGGCCCACCUUUUGUGUCCGUGUGAAAUGCGUGUGAAAUAAAACAAAAAGAAAGGAAAAAUUGCGAAAAAAAAACACGAAACAACUACUACAAUCAGCGACGGUGGAAUAGCGAUUCAAUGUCACAGUCAGCGAGCAGCAUCUAUGUGCCCAGCUACGAAUACAGAUACAGAUACUGGCGCCCAUAUACAGAUACCCACACCCACACAUAUGUAUACCGCUCACUUAUGUAGAGAAAAAGCCUUAGCCGCAGAUUAGUGAGCCAGUUUCAAGGGGCAAGAGACGAGAGACAACGAGAGAAAGUCAAGACGAGUACGACAAUCAACAUACAUCAUACGCACCGUGGGACGCGGCGCAAAACGCAAAUGCAGCCCCCGAUCGAUCGGUACCCAAAAGCAUCCACCUGCCAUUGACGACUUUAAGCAGCGCGCCGCGCGUGUUGAUGUGCAGCGCAUCCGUGGGCACCGAAGGAUCCGUGACUCUGCAACUGCGGGAUGCAAGUGCCUUGGAGACAGCCACGGCCACGAAAACAGCAGCCCCACCAUCAGCGACAACGUCACCGAAUGGCGCUUCAAGUGCGCCAGCGUCGACGCUAGAAAAUGCGCUGACCAUCGGCUAUCCGGAUCCGGAAAUGUUGGCAGAUGUCUUGGGCACCAUUCAAACAGCCUCUCUCAAGAACAACAACUCAAUCACAGCAGCAACUUCAAGCAAUAGCUCGGCCAAGUCGGCCAGCAGCAAUCAUCUGAAUAAUCCCAACAAAAUAACGAUAACCAGGCGCAGUGUGCAAUCGGUUAGCACCUCCACGAGUUCGGGCAUUGGUACCAAUUCAAGCAAAAUCAAUACCUCGUACAUCAAGAACUGCUUGAUUCGCAGCAGCAGCUGCAGCAACACGGUCACCAAUGUCACCACAUUGGCGCAGAUUAUGAGCAACAGCAGCACGAGCAGCGCCUCCAGUUUACUCAAUCAGCACCACAAUAACAACAGCAACUGCAGUAAUAGUAGCAACUUCAGUACCGCCUCCUCCGUGGGCAGCAGCAUCAGUGUCGGCAGCAACAGCAGCAGCAGCAACAGCAGCAACAGCAACGACAGCAACAGCAGCAGCGGCGGUGUUCACAGUCUGAGUUUCAAGGGCACCGGACGGCAUGUUCCCGCCGGAGGACUGAGCUCAGCGGCGGCGGCAGUCACAAACGGUAGCGGUACCGCCAGCGGCAUCAGCGGUAUCAUCAGCGUCGAGGCGCCGCGAAAAAACCGGCCCAAAUUAUCCUCACCAACGCGUCACGGACCGCAGCAGUGUCAGAUUUGUUGCAAGAUCUUUGGAAAUGCCUCGGCACUGGCCAAGCACAAACUGACGCACAGCGACGAGCGGAAAUACAUCUGUGCGCUCUGCUCGAAGGCAUUCAAGCGGCAAGAUCACUUAAACGGACACAUGAUGACUCAUCGGAACAAGAAGCCUUACGAGUGUAAGGCGGAUGGCUGUGGCAAGUCCUACUGCGAUGCGAGAUCCCUGAGGCGCCACUCGGAGAAUCACCAUGCGGGUGGGGCAGCCACGCCCACUCCCACCAGCCAAUCACUUUCGCCCACCGCCAACUCAAGCGGUACGAGCAGUAGUAGUGCCAGUGGUGUGGCCACCAGUUCGCUGAGUCUUUCGCCGGCAACGGCCAGCGGGGAUGCCAGUUCCCCGGACGGAGCCACUUGCAUCCGCACCUACAUUUCCACGGGCAGCUCGGUGGUGGAUGCGGCCACUGGCAUUGCCCUGUCCGACGAACAAAUCAAGGCCAUGAAUCUGCCCAUCAAGACGGGCGUCACCCUGCUGUCGCCCACCACCUCGACCUCCUCGAACGCCUCCUCCACGGCCUCCAGCUCGUCGCUUUCCUCAGCGGGUUCGGGUUCGGGUUCAAGUUCAAGUUCGGGAUCGGGAUCGGGACCGGUAUCUUUAUCUGGUUCCAUUUCCAUGGCCGCCUCUCCAUCUGGCGGUUCGAUGAUAGCCGCUAGUUCGCCCACCAUAACGCUAAGUGAUGGCAUGAGUCUCGAGGGCGAGGGCUUGACCCGCGAACAGUUGGACUUGAUCAGCAAGAUUAUGCAGCAGACGAAGCAGACAAGUGCCCAGGUCACCGUCUCCUCGCCCACCAGUGUCAGCUCCUACAAGAUCAACACCAACUCCUCGCCAUCGCAGAACAGACCGCGCACCUGGAAUAUGCAAUUGCUGAACAGUGCCCAAAAUGUGACCGUCACCGUAGAGGACAACUCCGAUCUGGUGGUGGCUCCCUCCUCCGCCAACUCGCCCGUGGAACUCGUCAAGGAGGAGGAGCUGAGUCCGCAGAUAGUGGGCAACAUGAAUCCCCACCUGCUCAACAUCGUCAAGCUCGACAAGCCCGUCGAGUGCAAUCUCUGCCACCGUAAGUUCAAAAACAUACCCGCCCUCAAUGGGCACAUGCGUCUACAUGGCGGCUACUACAAGAAGGACCCGGAAACGAAGCGCAGCGAGAAGAAGGACUCCAGUGGUCCGCCGCUGCAGACGGCCAGCAUCGGAGUGCGCGCCCUCAUCGAGGAGAAGAUCAUCAGCAAGCGCAAGGACAUGACUAAGGGGUCCUUUGUGGUUCCUGCACCACCGCACAGCAGUGGCACCACCACCACGCUGCGUCGAUCGAUCAGCGACCUGGAGAGCUUCCUCAACCCGAAGAACCCGAGCACCAGCAGUCACACCCAGACGAUGACCACCAGCACGGGCACCACCACGGCGGUUCUGCCGGCGGCAACAACUAUUAAGAGUAGCAAUGGGUUGAGCAUCCAGCAGAUUGGCCUGCCGCAGAGCAUCGAGAUCUUCAGCGGGGGUCAGAAGGGUCAGGCGAAGACGCUCAAUCUGGGCAGUGGCACCAAUACGAUCACCAUAACCACCAACAAUGUGCCCACCACCACGACAAUGAGUGCUCUGACAGCGUUGAAGGCAGGAGGCACCAUCAGUGGCAUUUCCACGGCCACGAAUACGGAUCCCAAGGAUUCCACACUUAUAGAGUUGCUGAAACGGGGCACUCGCAUUGCGGUGACCUCGAAGAAGGCGACCCAAUCGCAGCCCCAGUCUGGCAUAAUGAUGACCUCGAGUGGGACUGGUACAAGUGCCAUGGGGGCCGUCAGCGAGCUGACCAGUCGACAGAUCAUCACCAACAACAACCGCACCGUGAUCAUACCCUCCGAUGUCCAGGUGGUGUCCACCAAGAGCAAGCUGAGCAGUCUUGCCAAUUUGGUCAAGAGUAACCAGAGCAAUCUUUCGCUGGCCGAUGGCACACCACUCGCCCUGACCAUUGCACCCAACCAGGAGAUCUCAGGAGGAGGAGUGGCAGGAGGAUCCAGUACUGGAAGUGUAAUAACCAGUGGAGGGGGUGGAGUCUACACGGUGACCUACACCAGCAGCGAUGGCACCGAUCUCUUCGACGAUGCCGAGGUGUACAACGUCUCGGACACCGAGAUGCUGCUGCAGACGGUGGACUCCAUGGAGCUGCUCAACGACGAGGAGAUCAAGAGUGAACAUUCCGAGGAUUUUGCCAUGCUAAGUGAGGCGGGCGAUAGUGCCCACACCCAGUUGGUCAAGCUGGAGCCGGAGCAGGUGAAUUGCCAGUCCGCAAAUACCACGCCGUUGCCCACCUUCCAGCAAUUCCAUUCCAAGGAGCUGAUCAUGCAGAACAGCUCGCAGAUCCAGGCGAUAGCCAGCAUGCGUAGUGGUGGUUGUGGUGGUGGUGGUGGUGUCCUGGCAUCGCCACUCCACUCGCCCCUUGCUUAUCCCACUCCGCCGUCGAGUCACGAGAACAUGGCCCAGAGUUCGCCCUUCAUCGAGGAUGCAGCUGCUCAGUUUGUGGAUGCCAGCAAUACGUUUUUCGGCGAUAAGACGGACUUCUCGCACAUCUACUUCAAAACGGACGAGGGCGAUGAGGGCACCAUUGAGCAGCUGAACGAGCACGACAACGAAAAGAUCCUCAAGCUGAAGUCAGUGCUGGAGGAGAGCAGCUUCGAUCCUUCCAUCAAAGUGGAGGACUUGCUAAAUGGCACAGACGACGACACCGAAUGUGAUCUAAGGGAGUUUGCAGAGACGAAUCUGUCGUUUCUGGACGAGGAUCAGGAGUUCCUCAAUGACUCGCGGAACGCCACCUCCCCGCUCUCGGAAUCCUUCUUCACCAGCGGCAUUGGUUCGGCGGAGGACGUUAAGCAGGUCCUCAGGGAAGUCCUGCCCGACGAGAACAUGCAACUCCAGCUGAGCAGUGAGCAGCAGGGCGAGAAUAUUAUCGAUCUCUAUUACUUGCCCGGCUUGGGACUGCAAUCUCAGAUGAUGCCGAACUCGGAGGACCCCCUGCUCUCCUCUUCUCCGCGAGAAUUUGGCCAGCAGAGGCAGCAGAUGGCUAUGCAGCAGCCACUGGAUCAAAGCAACGGAAACAUCUACCAGCAGCAGCAGCAGCAACAAGAGCAACAACAGCAGCAGCAACCACAAUCGCAGCAGGAACAACCACAGCAACAGCAGCAACAACAACAGCAGUUGCUGCAGUCACAGCAACCGCACAGUGCACUCAAUCAAACGGAAACAGCGGUGGGUCAGCAGCAGCAGCAGCAGCAGCAGGGUGACUUCAUGUUGCCCCUAGUGGGUGGUCAUGGAUUUGCUCAAGUCACCAGCCAAACCCAGUUUAUGGACAACAGCCAGGGGAUGCAGCCCCUCAACAGCCUGCUGCCACCACUGCUCUAUGGUGGGGCCACCACUUCUGCUCAGAACACCACCGCCGGGGGCAACGAAACCCUGCUCACCACCGAUUGCCCACAAAUGAACGCCAAUCAAGGACAAAUCGAUGGGUCGGGCCUGCUGUUCGCCUGCGGCAAUACCACAACAACCAUGGUUAGCAAACCCCUGCCCAAUCCGCCGAGUGUGGCCAAUCUGCAGCCGCUGUCGAAUCAAACCAAUUCCAUACUGAAGCGACGCCUGCGGUCCAAUGCCCCCCAGGAGACGCACAAGUUCUCCAAGUUCCACACCCUGUCGCCGCAUCGCUCCAAGCUGCGCAAGCCGUCGCGCACCCAUUACACACCGGCACCCAUCCUGAAUCCGGAUCGCAAGGGCACUGGGCUGUACUGCAAUGUGCGCAAGCAACUGGGACAGAAUCUGUUCGAUGCCUUCGACGAUGACUUUGGCGAUUCGGUGGGUCUGGUGGACUUUUCCGACGAGUCCAAGGUCAAUCUCGGCUCGACCUACCAAGCGCAAAUACCCAGCUGCCGGCCGUUGGAGGAAGCCAGUCGGGAGCCACUAAGUGCCGAGCUCAUGUGGAAUCCCGAGGUGCAGGAGGACGACAAGAUCCUGAUGCGCUACAUUGAUCUCAGCAAGUCAUCGGCCGUGCCCAUGGGCAGUCAUUCCGAGGAGGUGGCCCUCCAGACGCUGCUCAAGGCCAAGGGAAACUCGGCUGCAGCGGUUCUCACCCUGCUCCAAACGCAAUCCGGCGCCUUCCAGAUGAAGUGGACCGCCUAUGAGCUGGAGCAGUUCUUGCGAGGAUUGGAGAAGCACGGCAAGGACUUUGGCAAGAUUGCCAGUGAGUUGCAGACAAAGACCUCAGGCGAAUGUGUGCAAAUGUACUACUUCUGGAAGAAGCUGUGCGUGGACUACAAGGUGUCGCAUUUGAAGAUGGAACCAGUGGUCGUGAUUGCUCCAGCGGUGGAGAAGCCCUAUGUCUGCGAGAUUGCGGACUGUUCAGCGAGCUUCAGUUCGAAAGCGGCGCUGCACGGCCAUGUUCGCAUACACGCUUAUGGCCGCAGUGCCAGCAGCAUCACGAACAACAGCAGCAGCAGCAACACCAACAGCAGUAGCAGCAGCAACAUGCAACAUGUAGCGGCAAUUAGUGCCAAUUCCAGCAGCAACAACAGCAGUAGCAACACCUACGCAUGUGCAACGCUCUCUAGCAACAACUGCAGCAGCAACAGCAACUUAACCAGCAAUACUACACCAGCAGCAGCAACACACGCCGGCAACAUGAGUCAAAACGGCAGCAACAACUGUAAUACCAAUGCGAAUGCCACGACAGCAACAUCGUCUGCGCUUUCGGCCACGCCCAAAUUGGAAUCAGCUACUUUACCAAUUGCCAAGGAGGGCGAGUUCCCCUGCAAGGUGUGCGGCAAGGUCUUCAAUAAGGUGAAGAGUCGCAGUGCGCAUAUGAAGACGCACCGCGUACAGGAGUCAGAUCAAAAACACCAGCUGAACCACCAGACGGGCACAGGAUUGGCCACCAUCGCCUCAUCAACCAUCACCACACCGUCGUAGGAAAUGGAUCGGAUCGGAUUGGAUCGAAAUGGAUGGAUACGGAUCAAUAAACCAACAAAAAUCGAUUGACAAUCGCAUUAAGCAAGCAGCAAGCAUUGUUUACCACUGUUAGAAUUUAUGCUUAGACGAAUUUGAGUCUAAAAAUCAAUGUCAUAAUGUACGUAGUAGUUAAAGGCAUUUCUUCACUAGGUCUAUCUCUAUCUAUCUCUACCCUACUAUCUCUCUCUAUCAAUCACUUCUAGAUCUAUCCCUUAAGUAGAAGACACUGCGACUCGCACUAGUUUGUAAGUCUAGCCAAAGAUUGGUACAAGUUCAAAUUGAAUUGUUAUUGACUAUAUUGUAGGCAAGUGCAAUAUUUAUGUUACGAAAUACGAAAUACGGAGUACGGAAUACGAAUAUGUAAAUGUAAAUGUAUACCUACCGUUUUUUAUAUAGUAGGCGUUUAUUCUGCUCGACUCGACUGUAGAUGAACUCUAAAAACUAUACCAAAACUAUGGUUAAAGCUAAGGCGAAAUCCCGAUCUAUGAUAAAUACUAGUGCAUAAUUACUGUUAACUACAAGUUUUUCUACUUAAAUACUCGUACAUAGUUGCAACACACUACACUGAUACUUUACUAGGGCGAUAAAUGUGUAGGACUUAAGAGAAUCUCUAUAUAUACAUACUUGAUAUAUAAUUACAUACCUAGGUGUACGAUGUAUGCGAUAUAUGAUUGUUGUUCUAGUUUUAACGAAGUUUUACCUAGAUUGUACUUACCUACUACCUACGAACCUAAACUAUUGAACUAUGGCUUAGAGAUACCGAAAACCCAAGAGAAAAUCUAGUGAAAUCAAGUGAUAUUGAGUGAGAUCAAAAACGAUUUUAGCUAAACGUGAACGUGAACAAAAUUCAAUGCACACCCACUGUAAAUGGAAGUUGAAAAAAGUUUUAACUUUACUUUUAACGCGAAAGUUGUAGGUUGUAAGAUACACUGUAAAUAAGAGUCUAGCAAAUUAACCGAUAAGGAAGGAUAUCUUUCAAAUUCCUCCAAAACGCAUAAAAGACAUUAAUCUAUUUGUAAUUCUAGAUCCCCUUAUCCCAACCCCACCCCACAAAUACAGACAGACAACGAGGGUUUAAAAUUCGAACUUUGAACUCCAACAAAACACACACACACACACACUCACACUCAAACACACACAGUGCAGUUUUAUAUAGGCCUAGGGUAUACAUAGUUAUUAUAUACAAGCAUAUAUUAAAUUAAAUGGUACAACAGUAAAUCUGCCAGUAAUUUGAACAACAACAAGAAUCACACGUUUUCCAUUUGGACAGUGAGCUAAUGUACUACAACUACAACAAAUUGAUCAAUUGAUUCAACGUUUUUGAGGCCAAAUGCCGCCGGGUGGUAUGUUAUAUUGACAAUGGCGUAACUUAAUCUAGUUUAGUGUAACCCAAAAAGCAAAACCAAAUGAAAAACUCACGUUUAGUCUAAUACCUUCCGCCCCUUUCCACUCCUCUCCGCCACUCACAAAUCCCGCAGAUUCGGACAGAAAUUUGGAAGAUGGGAACUAUUAGCAAUUCUUAUGGUUGUAAUCGCCAGUUAUAGUACUACAGAAAAAUCAGGUGCUGUAAAUGAAAUGGGAGAUAUACAAAUCACCAUCUAUUGAAACCCACUAUUUACUUUCCCUGGCCUUGUGUUCGCAAUAGCAUUAGUAACCAAUAGUCAUAGAAUAAGUUGACGGACGACAUAAUUCUUGCAUAUUUUUCGGUGUUAUAUACAAUAAGCGUAAGCAGAUAUACAUAAAAAGCAAAUACAGCUACAGCAGCCCACCAUAAAGCACCUUCGAAAACUGUUUGUUGUGGGCCUUCAGAGCCGUUUAAACUUUAAAGACUUUCUCGCGUACAAAUACAAAACCGAAUACCUACGAAUACCCUUUCAAUCUGUAAUGGCCAUCCUUUGUUGUGUGCGUUUUCCCCUCAAAAGUCUUUAUUUUUCAUUUCCAUUUCCGUUUCUGUUUGAUUCUGUUCUAUGCUCAAAUGCCUUCAAGCGUAAGUCUUAAGUAUUAUUAAAUGAAGUAUCCACAAAUGAGUGUUUAUCCUUAAGUAAGUGUUCAAAUCUAGACUAAACGCUAGCCUAUAAGUUGACAUGUGUGUGCAAUUUGUUGCUUUUCAAAAAAGUUUCGUAAAGACAGAGAAAGGAUAAAUGUAAGGUUAAGCAACUGCUCGAACGUCUAGUCAAAUGCAGUAGAUAUAUCUACUAUCACCUAAUUUAUUUAUAGUUUAUUUUAAGUUUCAUUUUCUGUGCCAAAAUGUUUAUCGUUUACCAAUUAAAUGAUUUCAACUGUUUCAUUUUUCACACGAUCGUCUUGCCUUUUUAUUUAUCUACUAUAUUUCCUAGUUAAACCAAUAACAAACAAAAUAGUAAAGGACAAUCUGUGACACUUGUUUUCAAGCGAUAAUUUCCGGAAUCAUCUGUAAGAACUCCGCCUCACUCACUUUAUUCGAAUACUCUGCGUUGUGAUUGUUCAUUAAGCGAAUGUAAAGAUAAACUGUAUUUAUGCAAUACAAAUACGUAUUUGAAAAUAAUAAUCUGUAUAUAGAUGGCGGUCCAAGCGGCUCCAGCUUCCUCAAAAAGCAAAACUAAUUCUAGCUCAAACGUCGAAUUCACUCGAAUCAUCAGUAUAUACAAUUUGCAUUCCAAUUCGAAGUCAUUAGAUUGUUGCAUUUUGUAAAUCAUACUCCCAUAAAUGUCAUACCGAAUAUUAAAAUUAGAAACGCAACAGAAUUACUUCGAAAUACAAUACAAAAAACCAUUUGAAAUUGAAAACGAUUGAUAAUAGCUAUUAGACAUAUCAAUUUUAUUUAAACCGAAUUGAGAAAUCCAUUCAAAAAAUCAAAAAAAAAAAUAUAUAUAUAUGUAUACAUAGUCCUGUGCAUGUUUGCAUUCCUGUUUAGCCAAGUAAGAGGACAUUUUAAGCGUCAUCGCAGUAUUUACAGGAUCUUCUGUGAGGCACUUCUCUGGAAUCUUUGCUUUCAAUGUGGAAUCUCAGAGUAUUUAGACUGACGAGUAACAAAACAAUACGAAAUUACGAGAUAUUACUGUGGACGCAUUCCAUAAAACCUUCGUUUCUGUGCCAAUAAUUAAAGACGCGAUGUAUUGCGAGACAAACUUUACCGCUCAGUAUUAUCGAAAUGCCCGAUUUCCGAUGGAAAAUCGAUCGGGCAGAUCGGCCCUGCUAUGAUUAAGUACCAUAUACAAAUAACUACACAAAUCUACGAUGUAAGUUUUAACUGUAAUAUGCAAUGAAAAACACUUUUAUAAAGAAGCAAACUGUUACUUUAUGGCAUUUAGUUGAGAUGCUGUAACCUCUUGUUGAUCGUAAAUUGUACUUAGCUUGUAAUACCUAUUUAACUCGCAGACACCCACACCUACACACCCGAUUACGGCAUAAACAAAUAGAAAAAAAAUGUAUUUAUACAGUGCUAAUACUAAUAUUCUGAUAAGAACGAAUAUUUUAUGGUGCAUCUACAUAUGUACAUAAUAAGAGUAAAUGUUUUCAUGGUUGUAAACUGAUGAUCAAAAAUAGUUUUAAACAAUUUUACAUGCUUUUAUUUAAAUGCAGUAUUACUUCUAUCUUGCUUUACACUUUUUGGUACCUAAUAAUAUUUAAUAAUAACGUCACUUAUAAUGUAUUUCCUUAACGUUCGUUUACCAUCAUUGAUUGUGUUAACCAGACUUACAAUCUCACAAACGAUGCAAUGGAUAAGUGAAAUAUUUUCUGAACAUUACACACACACUUUGAUAAGAAAUUAUCCGUGUAAGCGAUAUUUAAAAAAACAAAAAAUCAUGAAUAUUCCCUCCAAAUAAUUUUUAAAAAAUUACGUAUUUGCUAGAAGUCAAAUCUCUGAUAACUGUAAUGGAAGGCGGUGGUUCUUGGGGACUUUAGCACACUGAGAAGGAAACUGUCUAUAAAAUGAAGGAAUACUGUAUUUAGCAUGAUGUUACCAGUUACAUUUAACGUAAUUACAAUUACAAUGAUUAUUGUGUAUUGCAUGUGUAUGUGAAGUGUAUGUAAUUACAAAAGUAAACUCUACAAAAAAGAGAAACUAUGGCACACUUUUGCCAUUUAAUAGUAGUCAAUUCUUCUAAACGCAUUAGGUUAUAAGUGGGAUGUGACAGCAUGAUGAUAUAUGACAUAUAUGGACACUAUUUUCUAAACGUAUUACAACAAUAAUUUAUGAAUUUGUUGGUAAUUUUAUACAUAUAUAUACACAGUUACUUUUGUUAGCUAGCAAAACGACAACGACAACUUUAGGUAGCGCCGAGGUAGAUAAACUUUAUGAAUGUUGUACCCAACGCCCACGCCCCGGACACCCAAGCGAGAGCACAUUGUACAGGCACGAACCUCUUGGCGGGACGGGUCCUGGAUUCCCAGAGUCCUGGAUCCUGUCCCCUACCAAUCCUACCAAGCUAGUUAGGUCCGCGUCCCUCAACAAACACGUUUUCUCCUCAUCGACACUGUACACUGUACACUGUACACUCUACACACUCCACACUCACUGAUUACAAUUUCUCUGUUGGAUCUGUUGUACUCUGCCAUUUUUGGUGUGAUAUUCUAUUGGUUGUGGCGGCUAUUUUUAAAUCCGCUUUACACAUUGUUGCAUUUCUACUAAUUGUAGCUGGCCUAAACUGGGUCACAAACAUGACAAACGAAAAAAAACGAAUACUGAAAAACCAAAAAUGUAAUUAAUAUUAUAUAACUUAUUCAAUUUCCUGUUGUUGUUUUCGGUUGUACAAUGGUUUUUAUUGAACUCGUUUUGACUAUCUGUAUCUGAUUGCCAAACUCUGUUAACUAUUUUAGUCCAUACAUACGUACAUACAUACUUUUAGGUUUAAGCACUUGUAAUUUAAUCGAACAUGAUUUGAGCAAACUUAAUGAAAACGAACUAAACUUACAAAAACACAAAAUGAAAAUAAAGUGGUGGUCGUAACUAAUCAAA